AUGUGUGUUGGCGGGCCACAUGCGGCCCGCGAGCCGCCAGUUGGACAGCCCUGGCAGGAAUUGCGGAUCAUAAAGGCUUCUAAGGACUCCCAAAAUACCUCAUCUCCUACCAGUCCAACUCCAGUUAUUACUCCUACAGAGAUAGAAAAGCCGAUCUCGAACAACACCCCAGAGAUAACCACACCGGCAGAAAAGCAGAAUAAGAAAAGGAAGAAGAGUGGUGUCAACCCGGCAAUACUGAAAAACUCUGAUUCCGAGCCAGAAAGUGAACCCCACCUCCCGGAGAAAAAGAUAGCUACUGUUCCAGAGACGGAAGAAAUCACCCCGGACCCGAUCAUUUCUGAAGCACCAGUCGAGACUCCAGUUGAAAUUACAGAACAGAUAGAAACUCUGCAGUCCACCAGCAGAGAGUUAAAAGUUCUCAUCCGAGGACUAAAGGCCGAUAUCGAGAUUCACCGUCUCGAAAAAACCCUUUCAGAUAUUGAUCUACGGCCAUUCAAGAUUGAACAGAUGAAGAAGAGGCGGGGCCAGGAACUUAAGCUCCUCCCCCUCUACUUAGUGUUCCUGAUCGACGUCCAAGAACACCGGGAAAUCCUCAAAAUUGACCUGCUACUAGACACACCUGACCGGGUAGAGAGAUUUCGUAGCGGCCGCUACGAAAUAAAAUGCUUCAGAUGUCAGGGCUUUGACCACACCCAGAGUAGCUGCACAGCAAAGCCGGCCUGCAUGAAAUGUGCUGGCGCACAUUUCACGUAUCUCUGCACAAAGCCCCACAACGAGCCUCCAACCUGCGUUAACUGUCACGGAGAACACCCGGCCUGUUUCGCAGGCUGCGGUGCCAGGCCUAGGAGCAAGACCGCACCCAAGAAAAGACAAAACCGGAGUGCUGCCAGUUCAGCAACCAGAUUCCUACACAUCGUUAGAGAGCAGCAGGAACUCCUAAAAGACGCGGAGCUAGUUUCACUACUCCAAUCCCUUCUCCCAACUGCAAAGACAUAG